ACAGCAUAUCGGAAUAUGGGUUUAAAUAUUUUUCUUCUAUUUUUCAGGAGCUACUGUUCCAACAAAGUAUAAAAAGGUAACGUACUGUAACCUUUUAUCACAAUACACAAAAACUGGUUUUAAAUAACGGUUGAUACUGAAUAGCAUCACUCCGCUUUCAGUUUAAUUGCGUUGGACAUUAAAUGCAGGAUCACGCAAUAUGGAAAACAGCAAUAACCGAAAGAGAUAUGUAAUGCAACUCCCACCACAAGUUAAUGGAUGUGAGCUCAUUAUAUUGCAAAGAUUAAUGCCGUGUAAAAAAGCAAAGGAGCAAGAAAUCUCCCCUAUCUUUCCUCUGGAUUCAGCCGAGCUCCUCCCCCAUGUGGUGCUUCAUUUGAUCAAAUCCUUCAACGUGAACCGCUUCAGCGAAAAUCACUUUUUACAACACCGCAACUGUAACCCCACAAGUUACAAGCAGUUCUGUAGCCGUAACGUACUGUAGCAAAGAAGAAAAAGAAAGACUAAAGGGAGCAAAGAGAAAAAAGCCAGUGUCUUUCUGUGCUACCAGCAAUGGAGAGGGGGGUCGGUUUCAGCCCAUUCUGGCACAUUGGUGUUUGGGUCUGGGUACUGAUCUUUACUUCUUUCCUUUUCGUUGCUAAAGGAGAGAUUACUUGCAGGUCCUGCCAUUCCCUGGUGGGUAAGCCACGUCCGCAGGAACCGUGUGGUGUUAUUAAGAUGGACACAGGAGAAUCUGCAACUGGGCUUCAAGGGGAAGUUACUAGGUUUCUAGACGGGACAGCGGGGUCUGAACCUGCAAGUGAGGAAACUUACCAUCUUGGUUGUGUUGCAGAAACUCCGGGUUGCCAUUCGGGGCAAAGCAUAGAAGUCAGCUUUGCACGAAAACGAAGUACUGACCGGCUGCAUCUGAACAAAUCACUUCGUCGAGGACUGCCAAAAACCGAGGAUGAGAUAAAAGUGACCAAUGAUGGCAAGAAAGUUUCGAGCCUUCGAUGGAAUGGACAGAAAGACGGCAGUGGAAAUGCUGGUACACUUUAUACUCCAGUCACCCGCAGUAUAGUAAAAGACAGUUACAGCCACAGAAUCAGAAGGCGCAUAAGGGGACUGGGAAAGGUAAACAACAGAGUGAAAUCAUCCCCUGUACUGCAGGACAGGGGCUCGUCAGCUGCUGGUCACCGACGGAAGCGCAGCGCAGCGCUGCCUGACCACACACUGAGUCGGGCUGAAUUUAGAUGGAGCAGUGAGGAAAAGAAGAUGACCACUUCUAGGCAGGAAGAGUUGAAACUUACCAGUUCCACCUUCGCAUUGACUGGGGAUUCUGCUCAUAACCAAGCCAUGGUGCACUGGUCAGGGCAAAAUAGCAGUGUCAUUCUUAUGUUGACGAAGCUGUUUGAUUUCAACCUGGGAAGUGUCACGGAGAGCUCCUUGUGGAGGUCAACUGACUAUGGAACCACAUAUGAGAAGCUUAAUGACAAAGUAGGAGCAAAAACUAUUCUGAAUUACUUGUAUGUCAGCCCUAAUAACAAGAGAAAGAUAAUGCUGCUGACUGACCCAGAGAUUGAAAGCAGCUUGCUCAUCAGUUCAGAUGAAGGGGCCACCUAUCAGAAGUACCGCCUGAAUUUCUACAUUUUGAGCUUGUUGUUUCAUCCCGAGCAAGAGGACUGGAUUUUGGCAUACAGCCAUGACCAAAAGCUCUACAGCUCCGUGGAGUUCGGGAGGCGGUGGCAGCUGGUCCAUGAAAGAGUGACCCCUAACCGAUUCUACUGGUCAAAAACGGGUUUAGACAAGGAGCCUGGCCUAAUUCACCUGGAAACCAUUGUUUCAGAGGGACAAGCCCAAUAUGUCACCUGCAAACUUCAAAACUGCACAGAGGCCAACAAAGGCAAACCGUUUCCAGGAUACAUUGACCCCAAUUCCCUGGUGGUUCAGGAUGAGUAUGUGUUUGUUCAGGUGUCAACAGGAGGCCAGUCAGUUUACUACGUAUCUUAUAAAAGAGAAACAUUUACACAAAUGAAGCUACCAAAAUACACUUUGCCAAAGGAUAUGCAUGUUAUCAGCACGGAUGAAUACCGUGUGGUAGCUGCCGUGCAAGAAUGGAAUCAGAAUGAUACCUACAACUUGUAUGUCUCAGAGGCUCGAGGGGUUUACUUCACCCUGGCCUUGGAGAAUGUCAUGAGCAGCAUGGGACCUGAAGGGAACAUUAUGAUUGAUCUCUAUGAGGUAGCAGGGAUAAAAGGAAUGUUCUUGGCAAACAAGAAGCUUGAGAACCAAGUGAAGACCUACAUCACGUACAACAAAGGCAGAGACUGGCGUUUACUGCAGGCACCUGCCACAGACCUGAGGGGUAACGACAUCCAAUGUGUUCUGCCUUACUGCUCUUUGCACCUACAUCUUCAGGUAUCUGAUAAUCCUUACACUUCUGGCAAUAUUGCAAGCAAAUAUUCAGCCCCUGGAAUUAUAGUUGCCACAGGUUCCAUAGGUUCUGAGCUGUCAAACAAUAAUGUCAGUAUGUUUAUAACGUCAGAUGCCGGUAACACCUGGAGACAGAUCUUUGAUGAAGAGUAUAGUGUUCUUUACUUGGACCAAGGUGGUGCUUUAGUUGCAAUUAGACACACACCUCUUCCUAUCAGACAUCUUUGGCUGAGUUUUGAUGAAGGCAGGGUGUGGAAUAAGUACAGUUUCACUUUCACCCCCCUCUUUGUGGAUGGAGUGCUAGGAGAACCUGGAGAUGAAACUCUGAUAAUGACUAUAUUUGGUCAUUUUAGCCAUCGAUCAGAAUGGCAGCUAGUCAAAAUUGACUUCAGGUCAAUCUUUAAUCGGAGAUGUACAGAAGCUGAUUAUCAGACAUGGCAUCUGCACAACCAGGGUGAGCCAUGCAUUAUGGGUGUGAAAAGAAUCUACAGGAAACUCAAGCCAACAGCCAGAUGUGUCAUGGGAAAAGAUUAUUCUGUCACAAUGACAUCAGAACCCUGUCUUUGUACAGAGUCAGAUUUUGAAUGUGAUUAUGGAUAUGAGCGAAGAGGAAAUGGAAAGUGCACACCUGCCUUCUGGUUUACUCCAUCUUCUGUGUCUAGAAUCUGCAACUCAGGAAAGAGUUUCCUCAACAGCACUGGGUACCGGAAGGUGGUGUCCAAUAACUGCACUGCUGGGGUAAAGGAGCUGUACACAGCAAGGAGGCAGCAGUGUCCUAAUCGGCCUCCUAGGGGCCUCCAUCUCGUCACCAGUGAAGGAAAGCUGACAGCCACUCUGAGUACCAACGUCACUUUCCUCAUCUUUCUGGAAGAAGGUGAUGGGUCUAAAACAAGCAUCAUGGUAGAUUUUGGUGAUGGUAAUGCCAUAUCAUACUCCAAUGUGAGUUCCAUAGAAGAUGGGAUCAAGCAUGUGUACAAAAAUGUGGGGAUUUAUAAGGUGUCUGCUACUGCAGAGAACGGCCUUGGAUCGGACAGUGCCGUCCUCUACCUGCACGUAACAUUAGGUCAGCUAGAGCACAUUCACCUUUCUGCUCCCUUUGUGGCUGUGAAGAACAAAGAAGUCAAUCUUACAGCAGUCCUUUGGCCAAGUCAAGUGGGAACAGUCACCUACAUCUGGUGGUUUGGAAAUAACACUGAGCCAGUGAUCACUCUAGAGGGAAGUGUUGCCUUUACAUUCAGCAAGGAAGGAAUAAACACUGUCACAGUCCAAGUGUCUGCUGGGAAUUCCUUACUGCAAGACAGGAAAACAAUUGCUGUUCAUGAAUAUUUCAGAUCACAGCUUUUAGCAUUUUCCUCCAAUUUGGAUGACUAUAAUCCUGAUGUUGCCGAAUGGAGACAAGACAUCAGUAGAGUCAUCAAGAAUUCUUUGGUGCAAGUCACAGAUAUUGGUGAAGAACAACUCCUGGUUACAGUUCUCCCUGGCUUACCAACAGCUGCAGAAUUCUUUCUUUUACCUGACAAAGAGUUAACAGAGGGGAAACCAGAAAGAAAUGCAGCACAUUUAGAUCAGCUUUCUGAAAUGUUGCUUUCUGCACUCAACCAAAACUUAAUACAGUUCACUCUUCGGCCAGGUGUUCAAGUCACAGUCUAUGCAGCUCAUUUAUCAGCAGCUCCUCUUGUGGAUACCAGUGAAAGUCACAGUGGCUCUGCAAUGCUCAUGUUGUUAUCAGUCGUAUUUGUGGGGUUAGCUGUGUUUGUCAUCUAUAAAUUCAAAAGGAAGAUCCCAGGCAUCAAUGUCUAUGCGCAGAUGCAGAACGAAAAAGAGCAAGAAAUGAUAAGUCCAGUGAGUCCCAUUGAAAGCACUCCUAAUGAUACACAAAGGGAAUUAGUGACUUCUUUGGAGCUACUGGACAAGGAGCUGGAUACACGGGCUAUAGGAUGCAUUUCACCACAUGCCAACAUCAAAAUCUCAAAGGAAAUCCCCACAUAUGUAAAUGUUUGAACUCUGGGACAAUCUAUAAACAGUAGUGUUAUGGACCUCGCAAACCAUUCAGACACAACAAGGUUUUAAGCUUUAUACCUGUGCAUGUGGACAUUUCUGACAAAAGACAGUGCUCCAUGGAUAUCUGAAGAUACUAUGUACAGGUUUUUUUGUAUGUCUCAAUGAAAUAGCCCAUUUUUUGAUGACAUUUAUUUAUAUAAGGUAUGGUACUUCUUAUGAAAAGCCUGCAUGUAUGAGAAAAAACCUUUUGGUUUGCUAAAGUGGCUUUUAUGUUUAUUUGCUCUAUUUUAAUGCUAACAAGAGUGAUAUGCUAUUUAUUCAUGAGAAUAUAUUUCAAAAAAAGGAGAGAAAAUGGUUAUGGUUAUCUUAGCCAUUAUAUUUUUUGUAAAUCAUAAAUGUUUGUGAGAAAUGUAUGAAUUUUAAUAUUCUCAGCUAAAUUAAAAAAAAACUACUGUAAAGCUGAAGAAGAGAAAUGUUCAGUUAUCAACCCUAUUUCCAAUCAAAAAAUGAAUCUGUUUUUUCCUCCUUAAGGAAUGUAAUAUUGCACAACUCAUGAUACAGAUUAUUAAGUUAGUUUAUUUAAAAAAAAAUCAAAUUUAAAAUGCAUUUUGUUAUAGCUAUAUACAGUACAGUGAAAGUUUAUAUUUUUCAUUUUAAAUUGUUGACAGUGGGGAAAAGUUUAACCCUUGAUUUGUUUUUACUUAUUUAAACUCAUUGUUCAUUUUACAUUUUUACAAUCUCUCUUUGUUAAUUUACAAUGGUUCUGUGUUGAUAAUUGCUUCCCAACAUGGUGCCAGUCACGUUAGACUAUAAUACACACUAAACAUUCAUCAGGGUAACGAUUCAUGGUAAGCGAGUAUGACAGAAAGUGGUACAGUAAGUCUUUUUCUCAAAAAUUUUCAAACCACUUUUCCUUAAAAGAAAAUGUAUAGCUCUUAACCCUGGUG